GACUUUCCUAAACUGCACUAACUUUCUGCCCCUACUCCGGCCCAGCCCAGCUCCGGAUCUCGACCUCCACCGGAUCUUACCCGCCACACCCGGACGGGCGGCCGGAGGAGAUCCGACCCUCCCCCAGAUCUGGACCUCCCCACUCCUGCCCACCCCUAAGCUGAUCUCCCCCACAUCCCUUCCCCUGCACCUUAGGCGGGCGUCGAAAACUCUGGGAAGUCGUACCAGGGGCUGAAGCCGCCAGCCAGAGCCGGGCCUAACCCAGAGACAUGGACAGUUGCUACGACCCAGGUCUGGAUGGUAUCCCCGAAUAUGAUGAUUUUGAAUUCAGCCCUUCCAUUGUGGAGCCCAAGGGGCCACCCCCAGAGACAGCUGAUGGCCCCUACCUGGUGAUUGUGGAACAGCCUAAGCAGCGAGGCUUCCGAUUUCGAUAUGGCUGUGAAGGCCCCUCCCAUGGAGGCCUACCUGGUGCCUCCAGUGAGAAGGGCCGGAAGACCUAUCCUACUGUCAAGAUCUGUAACUACGAGGGACCAGCCAAGAUCGAGGUGGACCUAGUAACACACAGUGACCCGCCUCGUGCUCAUGCCCACAGCCUGGUGGGCAAGCAAUGCUCGGAGCUGGGGGUCUGUGCCGUGUCUGUGGGGCCCAAGGACAUGACUGCUCAAUUUAAUAACCUGGGUGUCCUGCAUGUAACCAAGAAAAACAUGAUGGAGAUUAUGAUCCAAAAACUUCAGAGGCAGCGGCUCCGCUCCAAGCCUCAGGGCCUUUCAGAGGCUGAGCAUCGGGAACUUGAGCAGGAAGCCAAGGAGCUGAAGAAAGUAAUGGAUCUGAGUAUUGUGCGGCUGCGCUUCUCUGCUUUCCUUCGAGCUAGCGAUGGCUCCUUCUCCUUGCCCCUGAAGCCAGUUAUCUCGCAGCCUAUCCAUGACAGUAAGUCUCCAGGGGCUUCAAACCUGAAGAUUUCCCGAAUGGACAAGACUGCAGGUUCUGUUCGGGGUGGAGACGAAGUUUAUCUGCUUUGUGACAAGGUACAAAAAGAUGACAUUGAGGUUCGAUUCUAUGAAGAUGAUGAGAAUGGAUGGCAAGCUUUUGGGGACUUCUCUCCGACAGACGUUCAUAAGCAGUAUGCUAUUGUGUUCCGGACACCUCCCUAUCACAAGAUGAAGAUUGAGCGGCCUGUAACAGUAUUCCUGCAACUGAAACGCAAGCGUGGGGGGGAUGUCUCCGACUCCAAACAGUUCACCUACUACCCUCUGGUGGAAGACAAGGAGGAAGUACAGCGGAAGCGGAGGAAGGCCUUACCCACCUUCUCCCAGCACUUCGGGGGCGGUUCCCACAUGGGUGGAGGCUCAGGGGGCUCUGCUGGGGGUUAUGGAGGAGCCGGAGGAGGUGGCAGCCUAGGCUUUUUUCCCUCCUCCUUGGCCUACAGCCCCUACCAGUCUGGUGCUGCCCCAAUGGGCUGCUACCCGGGUGGAGGGGGCGGGGCGCAGAUGGCCGGGUCGGGGCCGAGCGUGGAUGCCGGGGAGGCAACCGCGGAGCUGAGCGUAUCCCCCGAAGGCCCCCAGGACAAGCCGCAGGUCCCCGAUGCGCUGCAGCGAGCUCGCGAGUACAACGUGCGCAUGUUCGGCCUGGCGCAGCGCAGCGCGCGAGCGUUGCUCGACUACGGCGUCACCGCGGACGCGCGCGCUUUACUUGCGGGACAGCGCCACCUGCUGACCGCACAGGACGAGAACGGAGACACACCUCUGCACCUGGCCAUUAUCCAUGGGCAGACUGGUGUCAUUGAGCAGAUAGCCCAUGUCAUCUACCAUGCCCAGUAUCUUGGCGUCAUCAACCUCACCAAUCACCUGCACCAGACGCCCCUGCACCUGGCAGUGAUCACUGGGCAGGUGAGAGUGGUGAGUUUCCUGCUUCAGGUGGGUGCAGACCCGGCACUGCUGGAUCGGCAUGGAGACUCAGCCAUGCACCUGGCACUGCGGGCAGGUGCUGAGGCCCCAGACUUGCUGCGUGCACUGCUGCACAGUGGGGCCCGUGCUGUGCCCCAAAUAUUACACAUGCCUGAUUUUAAGGGACUCUACCCUGUGCACCUGGCAGUUCAUGCCCGUAGCCCUGAGUGCCUGGAUCUGCUGGUGGACAGUGGAGCUGACGUGGAGGCAGCAGAGCGGCAGGGGGGUCGAACACCCCUGCAUCUAGCCACAGAGAUGGAGGAGCUGGGGUUGGUCACUCAUCUGGUCACCAAGCUCCAUGCCAAUGUGAAUGCCCGCACCUUUGCUGGAAACACACCCCUCCACCUGGCAGCUGGACUGGGAUCCCCGACCCUCACUCGCCUCCUUCUAAAGGCUGGUGCUGACAUUCAUGCAGAGAAUGAGGAGCCACUGUGUCCACUGCCCUCACCCCCCACCUCUGGAAGUGACUCAGAUCCUGAAGAACCUGAGAGAGAUACCCAAAGAAGCUUCCAGGGCCAUACACCUCUUGACCUCACUCGCAGCACAAAGGUGAAGACCUUGUUGCUAAAUGCUGCUCAGAAUACUGUGGAGCCACCCUUGACCCCACCCAGCCCUGCAGGGCCAGGGCUGUCACUUGGAGAUGCAGCCCUGCAGAACCUGGAGCAGCUACUAGAUGGGCCAGAAGCCCAGGGCAGCUGGGCAGAACUGGCAGAGCGACUGGGGCUUCGAAGCCUUGUGGACACAUACAGGAAGACAGCCUCACCUAGUGGCAGCCUCCUACGCAGUUACAAGCUGGCUGGUGGAGACUUGGUGGGUCUGCUGGAGGCCUUGUCUGACAUGGGUCUAGAUGAGGGAGUGAGACUGCUGAGAGGUCCUGAGACUCGAGACAAGCUGCCCAGCACAGAGGUGAAAGAAGAUAGUGCAUAUGGGAGCCAGUCAGUGGAACAGGAGACAGAGAAGCUGUGUCCGCCUCCUGAGCCACCAGGAGGGCUCUGCCAUGGGCACCCCCAGCCUCAGGUCCACUGAACCGCUGCUCAGCCAACCUCCUCCACCUGAACCCCUCUGUACAGAAUCCCCACCUAGUCUAAACCUUAUUUAACACCUCAAGCCCACACCUCAGUGAGGCAAAUAAAGGAUUCCUAUGGGAAGUGGAAGGCCC